AUUCUUCAUCAGUAUCUAGUGCAAAAUCGUCUUCUUUAUCAUCAACUAUUUUUGGAGUUUUAUAUUUUGAUAAUUCAUUGAAUGAAUAUUAUGAUUUUUUCAAAACGUAGGAUAUCUUAGAAUCUUAUUUGAAUAUUUUUGAAGUCGGUUAGCCCAGGUUGGGUGGGUGUGAGUGAAGAGAAUAACGACACCCAAACCUACGCCCACACCCAUUGAACUCUACCAAACGGUUCAGUUCUAUUCAAAGAACUGUUUGGUGGGGUCAGUUCUAUUCGAAGAGCUGUUGAUAUAGUUCAGUUCCUUUCAAAAGAACUAUUAAACAGUUCCCAAGAACGGAACUAAUAUGGAACUGUCCUACCCCUAGCUAAGACAACACAAGUUUUUAGUGGUGCUGAUUUAGCAGGAAUUUGUCAACGUGCUUGUAAAUUAGCAAUUAGAGAAUCAAUUGAAAAAGAACGAGUACAACGUGGACAAAGAGUAAUGUAUUCUAAUCGACCCGUUCUAGUGCCAGAAAUUCGUCAUGAUCAUUUUGAAGACGCUAUGAAAUUUGCUCGACGAUCAGUUAGCGAUAACGAUCUCUGUAAAUAUGAAAUAUUUGCUCAAACAUUACAACAACCAUCAUGA